AUGGGCUCAAUCAAGCAGACUUCGGCGUUCGAGAGAUCGCAAUUCAUCCCGCCCGACGCCAUCUUCGACGUGACCAGACGCUACCUCGCCGACACGGACCCCAAGAAGGUGAACCUCGGCCAGGGCACAUAUCGCGACGAGAAUGGCCAGCCCUGGAUCCUGCCUUCAGUAAGAGCGGCUGAGGCAGCCCUCGGAGAGCCAGGCCACGAGUACCUCCCCAUCGCAGGAUUCAAGCCGUUCCGCGACGAGGCCGUCAAGCUCGUCUUCGGCCCAACCAAGGCCUACGCAGAGAACAGGGUCGCAUCAUGCCAAUCCCUCUCAGGCACCGGCGCCCUCCUCCUCGCCGGCCUCGCGCUCAAGAAGGCCGACACGGGCAUCAAGACAAUCUACAUCACCGACCCGACCUGGUCCAACCACGACCUGCUCUUCGCCUCCAUGGGCUUCGCCGUGGAAUCCCUGCCCUACUACAAGGACCGCGCCUUCGACUUUGACGGCUACAUCGCCACCCUCCGCGCCGCCGAGCCCGGCUCCGCCGUCAUCCUGCACGCCUGCGCGCACAACCCGACCGGCUGCGACCCCUCCCAGGAGCAGUGGAAGCAGAUCGCCGCCGUCAUCAUCGAGCGCGGCGUGUUCCCGGUGUUCGACUCGGCGUACCUCGGCUUCAACUCGGGCAACGUCGACGAGGACGCCUGGGCGAUCCGAUACUUUGUCGACGAGCUCGGGCUCGAGGCCGCCGUCUGCAUGUCCUUUGCCAAGAGCAUGGGCCUGUACGGCGAGCGCAUCGGCGCCGUGACCUUUGUCGCGAAUUCCGCAGAGACUACCAGGACGGUGAACUCGAUCCUGGAGAACGUGCAGCGCGCGACGGUGUCGAACCCGCCGGCCUUCGGCGCGCGCAUCGCGGCCAAGGUGCUGGGGACCCCCGAGAUCAGGGAGCAGUGGGCUAAAGAUUUGAUCACGAUGUCGGGCCGCAUCCGGGCGAUGCGGAAGAAGGUGUAUGAUGAGCUGGUGCGGCUGCAGACGCCGGGCGACUGGUCGCAUAUUGUCAAGCAGAGCGGCAUGUUUGGGUACACGGGCAUCAGCAAGGCCCAGGUGCAGCAUCUCGAAGAAAAGUAUCACGUUUACAUGGCCGAUACAUCACGAAUCUCGAUUGCUGGGCUGAACGAGAAGAACGUCGAGUAUUUUGCAAAGGCGCUUGAUGACACUGUUAGAAGCGUCGCAUGA